GCUGCUCUGUUACUUUUGUUUCCGCAUUGCAAUUUUCACGCUGCAAGAUUUUACUUUCGCACCGACAUAAGUUGUCAUUUUGACGUUAUUUAAUAUUCUGAUUUUUCAACAAUCUGUGCAAAUAUGACAUUAUUUCACUUUGGAAACUGUGUCGCACUCGCAUAUGUUCCAUACUUACUGGUCUACAAGUGCUCAGGAUUGUCUGAGUACAGUGCGUUCUGGAAAUGUGUACAGGCAGGGGGUGCAUAUUUGUUUACUCAGCUUUGCAAAAUGCUCAUCUUGGCCACUUUUUUCCCAACAACUGAAAUACAGACAUCGGGUCUUGAUGUCUUAGGGGAGCUGAUGAAGUGUACUGUGGACAUAGCUGACCUGGUGGGCAUGUAUUUUGUGAUGUCACGGAUUGCUGGCAAGGGACAACUGAAGUUCAUGGUUGCUGGCAUUGGCUGGGCAACCGCAGAGCUUGUCAUGACUAGGUUUCUUCCAUUAUGGGUUGGUGCAAGGGGUGUGGAGUUUGAUUGGAAAUAUGUGCAGAUGAGCUUUGACUCCAAUAUAAGCCUGGUCCACCAUAUUUGCACGGCGAUGUUGGUAUGGCUUUACAAGAGAAAUGAUCUGAACAAGUCAUUCGUUCCUGUCGUCCUCUCCUUAUUGGCACUCAGCUGUUAUAGGCCUCUUAUUGUGGAAAUUCUUAUCCACGCAGUUGGCCUAGGAUCCUGGAUGCUUCUUUUUACAAAAGGACUAUUCACAUGCCUGGUCGGAACUGUGACCCUGAACAUGUAUUUGGGAAUGGCCACACAAAACGUGAACUCUUACUAUUGAAACAAUCUGAUAAAUACUGUAUAAGAUGCAUUAGUCACAGAAAGUGGUAUACAAGUCACCAUUUUGAAAGAUGUAUAUUACAACACAGGCAUCUGAAUCAUUGUUUGUCACUAAAAUGUUUGAGUUACAUACCUUGUUUCUUUUUUGUAUAUCAAAGACACUAAAUAUCUUCAGAUGUGUUGUUUAUCUCAUUGUAUGUACCCAAAAUGGUUUUAAACAACAUUUUAGUGACAAACAAUGAUUCAGAUGCCUGUGUGUUACAACAAGGGUGGAGACAGCUGUUUCAGCUGUUCUAUUUUUGUUUAAAUAUUUAAGCACAUCAUCAAAUAGUUUAAAAGUUAACAAUGAAAUCUUUGAUCUCGUUGUUAACUUUAACAAAGUUCUGAACAAUCAGCAUGUUGAUGAUAUGUAUUAUAGCUUUAAAAGCUUUAUAGUGCAGCUCAUGUUUUGUCAUGUACCAUUUUGACUGUCAUGAUUAAAAUAUUCAAUAGUGAAUAGCUGGUUUUGUAAGGCACUUGACGGUGAACUUAAUAAAAUUUAUCUUGUCAUAGUUUCGCGUGUUUCAAAUAAAUUUAACUUCUACGCCAUUUUUAGAAUAUUAUUAAAAAUGAAACUUUGUCAAUUUUCUGAUGGUGUAUACUCUAAGUGUUAAUAUAUUGUGUUUAGUACUGUUUGCAUCAUGCAUACAUUAUUAUCUAUGUAACUUUUUUUGUCCAUCUUUAUUGUAUUGAAAGUGUCCUUCAAUAUUAUGGAGGGUACCAAAUUAUUCAAAUGUAUAUUAUCUACUCAGAUAUGUUGAACUAUUAUAUGAUGUUUGCAAAUACACUAGUAUUAGUAUCAAUUAUUAUAAAAUAUUAACCACAUGUCAGUUAUGAUAAAGAUAUUUUAAAAGAUAGUAAAUGAAAUACUUAAAAAAUGUCUUAUACAAACGGAGUGUAAUUCAGACUGUUUUAUGAAUAUAGAAAAUCUUGGAAAACACACUUCUGUUUAUAAAAUAACUAAAACUUAAAAAUACACUCAAAUAUAUUUCUCAGACUUCUCCAUCUUCUUUAAGAGGUGGUUUUCACUAGCAAGUUCCAUUCCCUUAAACCAUUGUUGUAAAUGGAAGAUGCUGUUAACCAUCAAUGUAUGUGACAUAAAAAAUUGGGUUAGAUUUAAUGCCAUAUGUGUGAACUUCAUUACAUUUGCCAAAGUUAUCCUUUAUAUAACUUGGACAUUUGUCAUAAAAUAUUUUAUGAACCUAACCUAAGUUAUCGACAUCUCUGUUUUCGACAUAAAAAAUCCAAGAAUGGCAAACUUGCAAUUGAGAGCGAGGUCCUUCAAUGACCAUGAAUAAAGAAAACUAGCCAUUUAUUUUUUGCUACCUGGAGUCUAUUUUUUAAUUUCAUGGUGAGACCACAGUACCAAGACGAAGAAGCAUACUCCAGAUGACAUUAUACUAAUGCAUUACAGUUUUCCUUAGAGGUUUCUUAAAGAGUAGCUUAAUCUACCGGUAUAUAAAAAAAUAAUAUCCAAGAGUUAACCAUCUUAACAAUAUUGUUUGUAAUACAUGUGGAUGAACCGGACAAAUCAAGAGUUCAAAUCAUUGACCCUGGAUAUUUGACAGAUUCCAUAGACAGAUUCCAUAGACUUGAUUUCAUGGCUGUUACAUUACAUGCUAAAAUUUUAAAAUGUUUCUUAUAUUUAUCAACUCAUUUGGUUUGUUGCAAUUUUGGAAAAAACACUUGUUUGAUUCAAUGAAUUCUUUAAAUACCCAUUAUAUACAUGUCAUGACAUUUAUAGAUUCAUAGUUUGUAUUCGUCAUAAUUGUUGUGAACAUAGUUAUAAAAUGCAAAAGUGUGUGUCUUUGAUUACUGACAGAUAUCCUUGGCCACAAAAUACAUUUUGAAAAGUA